UACAAGCAUGAGGGGCAUGAGUGAAAUACUUAAUCCAACGUUAAUCCGGUAUAAAUAUGCCGGUCGGAUCACGGUAAAGUCAGUAUCAAUCGUUGAGCAAUCAACGGUUAGCAAUCCGCUUAGUUUACAACAGAAUAGCAAAUUUGGUUCCAAAUUCCGUCACCAUGAUGCUAAACUGCUUCCUACGAAGUCCUGUCCACAGCUUUCUAGCAACUGUCGUUCUAGUCGCGGCGUUGAUCGUCGUCUUCGAGGGUGGAAACAGCGUCGUCGAGGCGGAUGAAUUUCCGACGUUUUUCUUAAAGGCGGCUAAAAACGUGCCAAGGAUCGGCAGGAGAAGUGGAAUGAACAAAGAAUUCUUCUUGAAGAAAUCUGAUCGUCCGUUACGGUGUUUCGGCAAGAGAGGAGAAUAUGCAUCGUGUCCGAUAAAAAGCGCCGAUUCCUCACCUUGGUACUCGAAGCAACCCGCACAAUUUUCAGGAGCCGAAGAUAACGAGUAUUGGUCACCGGAGAAUUUCGCUCGAGCUUUGGAACAAUCUCCGGAACUGUGGGAGAUGACAACAGGUGACGAGUCUGCAGAAGCUCCGAUGGUCGCAGGGAAAGUAUGGCAGCGAGAAAAAAGGACUGGAAGUGAACAGGCUGAGGUGUAGACCGAUGGAUGUGAUACGAAUAUACAGGAGGAUCAUCGACGCCUGAAGAGGAGAAGACGAGAAUUCGCCGAAUCUAGAAUAGUUUAUAACGUAUCAUGACAGCGUAAUGAGAUAACAGCACGAGCCUGAAUUAGUACUAUAGUAGCUACUUCUCUAAGGUGAUGGGACAAUAAAUCAUAAUGCUUAAUAAA